AUGUCCGACAAGAGGGAGCCAUCCAUGUCCCCACCUCCCUUCAAACGGGCCCGAAUCUCCUACGACGAUGGCAGCGACAAGGUCGACUCGGGGACGCCCCACGAGCGACCGCGCAGCCACCCCAUCUACGGCCAGAAGAGCGCGUUUCCGGGACUGGACGAUGGCCGCGAUGAGCUGUUCUACGGUCCCGCGGAGGAUGGCCUGGAGUAUUUGCGUAUGGUCCGAUCCGAAGCUAGCUCGUUGCCGUCGCUAUUCGUUGCAUCCGUUCAGAAAGAAGAUACUUUGGUAGCACCAGAGUCCCAAUCUGGGUCGAGUGCACUCAAAUCCUCUCAAAAACCACACGCGCAUCAAACACCCGGCUUCUGGGAGGAUGAAGCAUACAUCGCACCCGCAGACUCAAACACCGACCACCACACAUCCUCUCAAACGGAGGGAAUCUACCCCCCGGCACAAGCAUCAUACUACAACCUCCUCCAUCAUCGCUUUCUUCUCCUCCGCUCCACCCUGCGCUGCGUCCCACCACCGGAAAUCAUCGCUGCGCUGGACGACACACACCCAAUCAGCCUCCCGCGCCAUGCUGUGCCGGCGCGCAAAGAAUGGCGCCGGCUGCUGCUCACAGUGGAUCCACAGAUGGCACAGCUAGCAUGCAUGGAUCUGGACAGCGUGCUCGGUGUGAUGGGUAUCAUGGCGCGGCUGAUGUCCGAGACCGUGCGCGGUGGGAGCGCCGAGCGCGUUCGCCGCAUAGGGGCUUGGGCUUGGGGGCUGCUGGGGAAGUGCCGUGAGGUCGGACAGCUGGCUACAGAGGAGGUGGGUGCGAUUCGGGAGUUGGGGAAGAGAGUAGUCACGAUUUUGGCGAAGAUCAGGGAGGCGGAAGGUGCUCAGGAUACUGGUGAAGACAAAGACGUCGAUACGUCUGAUUUGGAGACUGAGGAGGGAGGAGGUGUUCUGGAAGAAGGGGCCGAGGUGCAGGACACUACUACGGAGGAAGUUGAGACCGCAACGGACGUGUCCGCUGAGCUAGAAGUGGCGAAGGCGCGAUUACAGGCUCGGCUGGAUGGUAAUCUGGAUUCUGAGUUGGCCGCUGGGGAUUCGGGAGUUACAGGGGUAGAGGAUGUUGCGAAGCAGGUUCGCAUAAUGCUCGAUAUGAUCAUCACGGUGGUCGGCGAGUACUUUGGCCAGCGCGAUCUGCUGGAUUCCCGCGAGGUUUGGGCUGUUUAG